AUGUCUUGGAUUCUUACACUCAUCCUGCUCACUUCCCCAUUCUUGUCAGAAGCCAGGCAUGAUCCCCCCUCCGCGCCGGAAAAGUUCUUUCUGCCGCCAAAUCCAUUGAAUCCCGGUCUACUACCGCCCAACCCCCUUCUGCCGCCACCUUCCUUGAUUCCGCCGGUGCUGCCUACUCCGCCGCCUUCGGUGAUUCCUCCCCUUCUCCCGACGCCGCCCUCGUCGCCUUCGUUCCCCUUGCCCUUGCCCUUGCCGCCGGUUAUUCCGGGUGUGGUUCCGUCUCCGUCGCCGCCGCCGCCAGAACUCCCGGUUCCUCUACCUCCGCUGCCGGUGCCUCUGCCUCCGCUGCCUGUCCCUCCUGUUCCGUUCUUGCCACCUGGGAUUCCGGGAGGCCCGCCGGCUGAGGUCUCUCCUAAUCCGUGA